GUGCAGGAAGUGUGGUGUUGUAAAAAGGGGUUUUGGUGAAAUUUUACAUCUUUCGAAGAAAAAAAAAACGCAUUGUUCGCUCUCAGCCGAGAGCAAACACGUCAACGCGAGAGUGUUGGUUGUUCACGCUGCAGUAGUAUUGGUGGGAGCGAAAAUAAUUCUGAAGUUGCGCCACGACGUCGCACUAGUGCUAGCGCGAAAGCAGCGGAGAGGAGAUUGUGUUGUUUGAAAAUAAUACCAACACCCGUUCAAUGUAUGGGUGUUUACAUUUGUGAGACAUCACGGGCAGUGGUUUUCUGGGCUCGUCGUCGUCGUCGUGGUUGUUAUUGGUGAUUCGCUGGUGCAGUCCCUGCCGAGCGGGCCAGUGUCAAAAGCGCUCGCCAGUGAAUACCUUCGAUUAGUAAUGGCGAAUCGCAGUGCCCUUUGACAAGUGCUCCUAGUGAUUGCCAUCGCCACAAAAUUAAAUACCCAUCGCUCCAGCGCGAGCUUGCAUCUUGCCCAUUUCGCUCGGUUUUGUUGCGAGGUGCAUUAUUGCAUUGUGAUACAUUCAACAAAAUCAAAUGAUGUGAAUUUGUUUGCCCUUCCUUGUGGGUGUGUGCGUGUGUGUGCGUGCGUAAAUGUGUGUAUGUGUGUGCGUGUGUGAGUUUUACGGUUUCAUAUGAAGCGAAAAUUGGGCGAGAAAGUUCAGAAAAGCGCCGCGUUUAAAUGCCUGCUUUGAUCAAUAUCUGUUAACCAAUGGUUAGCUAAAUUCGAGGCACCAGCGAGGCCACACUGUGCAAAGUGAUAGUUUUGAAAAGUGAAGUUUUGUAAAGAAUUGAGAAGAAACAAGCACACACCCACCAUUACGGCCGCGACAGCAACGGUUGUAUUGCCGUUCACCAUCUUUUUAUUUCGACUGAAGUCUUCUGGGCAAUGCUAUUGUGCGUGAAGAGAGGUUUUGCAUUGGUUGCUGGAAAAGAUAGGUAAAAAAAGAUUGAAGCUAGUAGAAGAAAAAAACAACCUUUCCGAAACAGAUCCAUCAGUGAGGUACGAGUGAAACGUGAGGUACGCAAAGGGCAAUAAAUAAAGCGGAUAUCGCUUGGCAUUGUCUCGAGAGUGCCCGAGAGCUACACGGGGUUCACCUGCACCGCAUCCGGAGAACUGGGAAAAGGGAAAACAAUAGGAAGCGGAUUCUAGCGAUUGCCGACCGAGCUGGAAAAGAAGGCAGGCAGGAUGUCGUCAAAAAACAUACCAGCUGAUAAGAUCCGCACGGUAUACAUCUAUGGACAACCGAUCAUCUCGCUGUUUGUGGAGAACCAGGAGCGGCUCUGUCUGGCACAAAUUUCCAGCACGCUGCUGAAAGACUUUAGUUACAAUGAAAUCCACAAUCGCCGCGUUGCACUCGGUAUCACCUGCAUCCAAUGUACGCCAGUGCAGCUGGAGAUCCUACGACGGGCCGGGGCAAUGCCGGCCUCCUCCCGGCGCUGCGGCAUGAUCACACGGCGUGAGGCGGAGCGUUUGUGCAAGUCGUUUUUUGGCGAAUGCUCGCAACCGGCACUACCAGAAGGGUUCGCCUUCAGUGUGUACCACGAGUGUGCCUGGGGUUGCACGGGAUCGUUCUCGCCGGCGCGCUACAACUCGUCGCGUGCCAAAUGCAUCAAGUGUGCGUACUGCAGCCUGUUCUUCUCGCCGAACAAGUUCAUCUUCCAUUCGCACCGGCUGAGCCCGCACGACAAGUACGUGCAGCCUGACGCAGCCAACUUCAACUCCUGGCGGCGCCAUCUGAAGCUGCAGGGCAGUCCGCCAGAGAAGAUCAUUCACGCCUGGGAAGACGUGAAGGCCAUGUUCAAUGGAGGCACCCGCAAGCGGUACAUCCUCUCGACCGCGCGAAAGUACGCCGGUGGCUCAACGCCGGCAUCAUCUGCCGCGCAAUCUUCGGCCGUUUCUAGCAGCGGCAGUGGUUCGGGUGGUUCGGCCGGAGGAGGAGGCUCCGUCACAGUAACAUCCCGCCCGUCACCAUCGUCGUCGCUGGAGAAACCGACGCCGCUAGUGGUGAUGCCAACGCCGACGCACGCCGAACCACGUCAAAUUCUGCCCGUACUCGGCAGUGGCAUUGUCGUACCGAAAAAGGAAUACUCGGACCUGCAGCCGAUCGAUGCGACCUACAAUAGUGACAGCUGCAGCAACAGCACGAGUCCGUUUGCUCACAUUCCGCAUCUGCUCUCGAGUAACAGCUCGAGUGUGUCCGCACCGUCGGCUGGAGGUAUGCGCGCCAAUGCGACAGUACCACCGGUGACAGCCGCCCCAGGUGGUGGUGGUGGUACUCCGGGAAGCAUCGCGUCUCCCGUAGCGACCCCGGUAAUGGUUGUUCCGGCCACCGUACCAACACCAUCCAGCUGUAGCCCAUCGGCAACGGUUGUAUCAACAGCGGCGGCGGCCGCUGCGGCUGCUGCUGCUGCAGCGGCGAUGGUAUCAAAUCAUGCAGCGGCCACCUCCACCGUGGUGACCAGUUCGGCAGCGGUUGCUGCAGCCAACUUCGGAUUCAAGCUGUCCUGUCUGCAACCGUUCGCUUUUAACGGCAUCGGUCACUUUCCGGCAAUGGUGCCGAGUACGGCCGGAUACCUGGUGCCGCUGUUGCGUCCCACCAACCCGAAAAGCAUUUCGGCAGCCGCUAUGUCCGCAUUUAAGCCCGUGGUAAGGGCGCGAAAAAGGUAUGGAAUUGGCACCUCAGCCCUGGUGAGGUGGAGUGGACCAGAUCAGCAAGGAUCUUUGGGGAAAUGUUUGUUAAAUCUGCUACUAGGCGGCUUAAUUGUGCUAUUGCACCACGAUUGUUGUCACCCUGUCACACUUGUCACACUUGUCACGAACGUUAUUUCAACCGAUCAGUAAUUUACGCAUCAUCACGAACGUUAUCCACCAAUCGGUGCGCCGGAUUCGAUGUGCCGGUGGUAAUUUUUUUUUAUCUAAACUUUAAUACCUUUAAUGGAAAUGAAACAAACGGGCUCUUACUAAAAUCAUAGCAAAAUGAAUGACUGUGUUUAUGAUUUUGUUAAAAGCAUGUUUGCCCAUCUUCCAAAAGCUUCUACCCGCACAUCAUAGUUUCGAUAGUUUCUCUCGAUUGUUUCAAAGCUCGCAGAAGAAACAUGCUUCCGCGAUGCUGCACACUUCUACCGGGGGGUUGGUUUGUGCAGCCCCCCGGGCUGUGGAGGUGGCAAGACAUUGUUGUACAAUCAUGACAUCUAGUUGUCUAUCCACUAAUUGUCGCUUCUGGAACUGGCCAGCCAAAAGAGUGUCCAGUCCUUGUCCCUGCCUGGUGGUGUUAGCGGAACUGUCGCAACCGUUUGCUAACCGCCUUGUUUCUGCUUCUCGGUGCUUUCGCGGAAAUCCCUUUCUUCGGUUUUGGAUGAUUUGGCCGGAGUUGAGCGUUUCUUGAAAGGAGAAGGUGGCUGGAGGUGUUGCUUUUCUUGCGAAGAGUUAAGCGAAGAUGACGUUGAAUUGUCCUGCAAUUGGAGCAGCACACGCAGGCUGAAUCUUUAACCUGCGCUCUCACCGUAAUCAUGGAUAGUCUCGAAAGGAAUUAAGCCGUAACUUCUGGUUGCGAAAAUUGUUGAUUGGUAUAAAACUUGAUCACACAGAUUUUCACAGAGAAGUACAGAAGAGUUAUCCAGGCAGAUAAAUCUGCGACUAAUACUCGUCAGUGGCAAGACGAAAGAAUUCCUCUUCAGUCAGACGGACUCAGCCGGCGACAUAGCACUCA